AUGCAGUGGAAACCGGAGCAUGAUGCCAUAUUUUUAAGAGAGGUCCUUGCUUCAGAUCUCUAUUCCACUCACAAAGGUAGCUCUGAAAGGGGAAAAAUUUGGUCACAGCUUGCUGAAAAGUUGAAUGAAGUGUCCAGCUGUAAAUUCAUUGUUACACAAAACUCCCUAAGAGAUCGUUUAAAGCUUUUGACGCAGAAGCACAAGCAAAAAAUUAGGUCAGAGAAGAGAGCUAGUGGAAUAGAUCCAGAAAUGACUGAGAUAGAUAUAACGCUUGAGGAAAUUAGUGAGAAAGAAGUGGCAGAAGAGGAAGAUGAGACCAAAAAGAAAAAAAGCCAAGGCAGAAAAGGAGAGUGUAGAGAAAAUGAGGUUAAAAGCCAUGGAGAAAUUGAGUGAGAGCAAGAAAAGAAAGGAUAGCAACGAGGAAGCUCGGCCCAAAAAGAGCACAAAGAGUAUUGGUGAUGCUGUGAGCUACCUACAAGAGAAGUCAAAGCAAGAAAUUGCUUUGAGGAAAGAGGAAAUCGAACUGAAAAAACAAGAGGAGGGAAGAAUUGCCAAUUUGUCUGAACAGCAACUUAAAAUGCAGCAAGACAUACUGCAGAUAAUCCAGCAGCAACACCAGAAUCAGCAAAGACAAAAUCAAGAACAGCAGAGACAGCAAGAGAGGUUUCAGCAGCAACAACUUCAAACCAUGCAGUCCAUUCUAACCCAACGGCAACAACAGUCACAAGCAAUGCUUGCUUUGCUUGA